AUGCCAAAUGUGCAGUUUGACGAGAACUUGAAUGAUUUGAAUCUUUGUCGCUGUUUAAAAAACGCUCCGUUAAAGAAUAUGAUUUUAAAAAGCGGGAGACGGAUUACAGACCCAGAAACAUGGCAGGAAUUGAAUCAAGAUUCCUCUUUAACGGAAGAAAAUGCUCGAACCUAUUCUCUCAUACAAGCUUAUUUGAAAAGUGGAAAUGAAAGCGUAAAAAGGUAUUUGGCUACCGUUGAAUGGGAGGCAACCAAUAAUCAGCUUACACUUUCUCGUGCUGUGGCGAGUAAUUCGCCCGACAUGGUUGAAAAUCUCCUUCGAAAUGGUUGUGAUCCCAAUAUUGAUGAGGAAAAACCAGAAUCAACUCCACUAAUCGAAGCUUCGAAGGAUGGCUUUGAUCAGAUUGUUGAAAUCCUACUUAGAUACCGUGCAAAUGUUGCCCAAACGACGACUCCUUCAUGUUACACAGCACUUCAUUAUGCCUCUGCUAAUGGCCAUUUAAAUUGUGUUAAAUUGCUACUUGAACACGGCAGUCCAAUGGAGGAACAAAAUGAAAACGGCCAUACACCUUUAAUGGAGGCCACUAGUAAUGGUCACAUUGAAGUCGCUCGUUGUUUAAUCGAACAUGGUGCAAAUAUUAACACCCAUUCCUCUGAAUUCAAAGAAUCCGCUCUUACAUUAGCGAGUUAUAAGGGUCAUGCAGACAUGGUGAAGUUCUUAUUAGAUGCAGGUGCCUCUCACGAACAUCGAACUGACGAGAUGCACACAGCACUAAUGGAAGCUGCUAUGGAGGGUCAUGUUGAGGUCGCACGACUUCUCCUUGACCACGGGGCGAAUGUUAACAUCCCUCAGGACAGUUUUGAAUCCCCCUUGACCUUAGCUGCAUGUGGUGGUCAUACUGAACUGGUUACUCUUCUUAUCGGCUAUGAGGCAGAUAUAGAAGAAGUUAAUGAUGAGGGGUAUACUCCAUUGAUGGAAGCUGCACGAGAAGGACAUGAAGAUACCGUGGCGGCAUUACUUGCAGCAGGUGCUGAUGUGAAUGCAAAAACCGAUGAAACUCAGGAAACUGCGCUAACCCUCGCUGCCUGUGGUGGUUUUAUCGAAAUUUGUCAGAUGCUUCUAAACGCUGGUGCAGAUAUGGAAGUUGGAGGCAAUGGGUGUUCUACAGCGCUCAUGGAAGCUGCUCAAGAGGGUCAUGUUGAGCUAGUUCGACGUCUUUUACAGCAGGGGGCGAAUGUCUUAGCAAUGACAACGUCGGGAGAUACUGCUCUUCACUACGCUGCAGAAAAUGGUCACUUUAAAGUGUGCCAAGAAUUGAUCAAAUGGGGAGCCGAUCCCGACCACAUAGUACUCACCAAUGACCCAAAGACUCCUCUCAUGAAAGCUGCCCGUUCUGGUCACUUGGAUGUUGUUCAACUCCUCGUUGAAUGCGGGUUUCCUAUCGAUCAAACAACUAGCAAAAAUGAUGCCACGGCACUUUCUCUUGCCUGUAAUGGUGGACAUGUUCAAGUUGUGGAAUAUCUCCUUCGAAUGGGAGCUGAUCUUUACCAUGAACUUAACGAUGGUUGCACUAUGAUUAUAGAGUGUGCACGCUCUGGUUCCCCGGCUGUAGCUCGACUCAUUAUCGACUAUCCUCACAGUUUGCAUGUUCCCAUUGCUAUGAAUGGAUCUACUGCACUUCCCAAUCCUGUUCUCCAGCCACCCAUAUUGACUCAACCCCAACUUCGGAAUGGAACGCUUCCUCUGGAUGCCACAAAAGCUGCUCAAAAGGUAGCCGUUCAAAUGGUUUCCCAACCGGAUCCUAAGUUGAAAGAGGCUUUGGUGAACGCUUAUGCAAUUGGAUGGGCAGAUGGGGCCGCUUCAAGAACUCAACAAACAGCUCAACAAGAUCCCUCGAGGUUAAAGUUAGCAAAAUCUAUUCUUAAGUGUGGUGAAGAGAGCGCAGACCUUUCCAAAAUCACCUACACAGAGGAUUUCACCUCUCGGCUCAUGACUCUUAUUCAAGAAUGGAAGGGAGAUGGGGCUGAGUUUAUUAGUCGGUUGGAUAAUUUCAUGACUCCCAUCACGACUGCUGUUGCCCUGACAUCUCCACGAAAUCAAAAUCCCAUUAUGAACAAUAGCAAUACUAAUCAACAGCAGGAAAACCUCACAUUCUCUACGCCGCCUCCUCCAUCUCUUCCCACAAAUGUGCUUCCAACUUCUUCGUAUUCAACGCCCUCCACAAAAUCAUCACCUUCUGGUGCUGUUCAAACAACGAGUUCAGCGAGUAGUACCACAUCUUGUAGUAGUGAUAGUAGUGUUACAAAUGUUAAUUCUCAGCUUGCGGAUGCUCUUACUUCGUCUUCAAUGGUUCCUUCACCUGCCCUCUAUUAUCCAGCAAUCCAGCGUCAACAGCAACAGCAAACACCUCCUGUUGGAAGAAAUGCUCCUGUUAUUCCGGCUCUUCGAGCAACAUAUCUUCCAAACACUGCUGAAUAUUCUCAGAUAUAUCUUGACAAAAGCAUGGGCACACAUCAACUACCUACAACGAGUGUUCAACCUUCCCUUGUUACAGCUAAUUCUUCUGAUGGAAGGGUUCAACAAGUCGAUAUUAAUGCUUAUACGGAGUCCUCCAAUGAAUCUGCACUCACUCUCUGUUGUAAUGGGGGUUUCACUGAUUUAGCCCGGUUGCUACUUGAACGCGGGGCAGAUAAGGAACAUAGGGAUAAGAAAUCGCAUACGCCCUUGCAUACCGCUGUCUAUGCCAAUCAGAGGUCGAUUGUCAAUUUACUUUUAGAGUUUGGUGUUGAUAUCGAAGCCCAGGUGGAAAGGACUAAAGAUACUGCUCUCUCGAUUGCUUGCUCACAUGGUCGUUUAGAGAUUGCUGAAGAUCUUUUAGCACGGGGUGCCAAUAAGGAGCAUAGAAACUUCUCUGAUUACACUCCUUUGAGCCUAGCUGCUUCUGGUGGCUUUGUGGAUGUCAUCCAACUUCUCUUAAAAAAUGGUGCUGAGAUUAAUUCUCGCACGGGUUCAAAACUUGGGAUUUCACCUCUAAUGCUUGCCUCCAUGAAUGGUUACACAGAAGCCGUGAAGGUUCUUUUGGAAAACGGAGCUGAUAUCAAUGCCCAAAUUGAGACCAACAAAAACACUGCUCUAACACUGGCUUGUUUCCAGGGUCAAGCAGAUGUAGUCAAAUUGUUGGUUGAACGGAAAGCGAAUAUAGAGCAUCGUGCAAAAACCGGUUUGACACCUCUCAUGGAAGCUGCAUCUGGUAAUCAUGUCAAAGUUGGUGCUAUCCUCCUUAGCUACGGAGCUGAUGUUAAUGCUCCUCCGGUACAAACCUCUCGAGAUACUGCUUUAACCAUUGCUGCGGACAAAGGGAAAGCCGAAUUUGCUAAACUCCUACUUGACCAUGGAGCCAAUGUUGAAGCAAGGAAUAAAAAAGGUGCUACAUCUCUGUGGCUUGCUUGUAAUGGGGGUCAUUUAGAGGUGGUUCAAAAAUUAAUCGAAAAGGGAGCUGAUGUUAAUAGCCAGGACCAUCGCAAAGUCAGUUGUCUUAUGGCUGCUUUCCGGAGAGGUCAUAUCAAAGUUGUGGAACUCUUAGUGAAAUUCGUUACCCAAUUUCCAUCAGACAAAGACUGUGUGAGGCAAAUCAAAACCGUCUGCAAUGAUCCGGACCUAUCGGAGAAGUGCCAGCAAUGUCGACGAAUAAUUUCCGCUGCGAAAGAGAAGCAAGAAGGUGAGGCCCGAAAAAAUGCGGACCAUCUUCUAGAGCAGAUAGAACAGGAAGAAGAAGCAAGAGCAAAUAGAGAAGCAAUGCAAGCCCGAAAGAGGGAAAGAAAGAGAAAUAAAAGAAAAGCAAAGCAAAUGUCCACGUCAAUAAAACCUACUGCUCAAAAUUCCGACGAUUCGUGUGAAUUAGAAACUAUUCAAGAUAAAACUCCAUUAGCUAAGAUUGAGGCACUUGUGCAAGAACAAGAGUCAAGAGAACAGUCUUCUUCUCCAGCUCUUUCCUCCGUUUCAAAAGAGACUUCUCCUUCAGUGAUAAAACCUGAGAAAAGCGAGACAAUGUUAAUGAUCGAACCCUCGUCUAGGAAGAAGACCUCUAGUGGGGAAUCUAAAAAACCUAUUGCAACCACGACCACUUCCGAGACCGAUUGCAUCGGAUCUCCUGAAAUGCUUAGUCCUGAAGAUAAUUAUUGGACUACUGCUUAUGAUCAAACCUCAGAUUCAACUACCGAGUGGAUGGUUGCUCAACCGACUAGCACUAAUCGUGGUCAUCGUGUCUCACCUGGUGAAGGUAGUGAUUGGAAAAUCUCAGGUUCAUCGACAGCUGCUGGUGCACGUAAGAGCAAGCUCUCGAUUCCUGUCUCGAACCACGAGAUUGGCAAGAUCAUCGGUCAAGGAGGAGCUGUUGUUAGCGCCUUGCGUCAAAUGUCCGGCAUUCAAAUCGAUAUUGAAAGUGCCAAGCCUGGUGAGGAGGAGAGAUUGGUUAAUCUAAAGGGUUCUCCAGAUAUGGUACAGCAAACUAAAAAGGUCAUUGAUAGUCUUCUUUCUGGGGCGUUGCCUGGAAAUGAUCUGAUUUCAAGAGUCAAAGCUGGUAAGAUGCUCACCUCAAUGACUUCUGUAACGCCUAGCAGCGGCAGUAGUCGAGCUCCUCCCACGGCCUCUGUACCUAAAAAGACACCUUCAGUCGCAGUAACAACAAAACCACCAACUACUGCUCAAGUCCCACCUCUUUUGACUGCAAAAUCGAACCCUGUUAAAGCUCCCGCGUCAAAACUCCUACCUAGCUCAUCUUGGGGUCCAGGAAAAAAAUCCGAUUUUGCUUCUGUGGCAGCUGGUUUAGUUUCCUCGCAAGACGGGCCUACGAAGGAGUCCAAACCCUCCGCUAAGGUGAAAUCAAGUGCGGUUCCUGCCGCUCCUCCUUCCAUAUCCUCCCUGCUAGAUGAACAGAGUUUUCCACCUCUUUCAGCCUGUACAACUAGUACUUCUUCAUCUGUAACCGGAAAAAUCACUCAAUCCUCGGAGAUUUCCAGGUAUCUUGGACGAAGGUUGGGUGAGUUAGAAAUUAACCCAGCAGCUGUCACAACGUCAGCAGUGGAUUUCAAGCGGCCUCGAAAGGCGGUUGUUCCGGAUGUUCCUGAAACGGUUACGCAGCCUCCAGUGUCUUCCGUUGAAUAUACUUCUCCUGUCCCAGCGUCGCCUCAGUUUAUUUCUCCUCCUGUUUCUCAACCCCAAACAAGCAAUGUUGCCGUCCGUUCAUUCGAUCGUGCCCCAGGUUCAGAAAGACACGCAAGGAAAGAGGCUAACCCAUUGACAUCUCAAUGUGCUUCUAAGGAUAACGUUACUUCUACUUCAACACCUUUCAGCGAACAGUUAUUCUCUUCCACCUCUGGAACAAGUUUCGGUCAACCUCCUGCUCCUCAAAAUCAACUUGGUAGUGGGAAUGAAGCUCUUUUUCCUACCCAACCGUCUUCGACUUCGCUUCCACAGUUUGAUUUACAUCAGUCUUCAAUGUGGAAUCAGGACAAUUCCUUCUCCAAUCUUCCUCCACCUUCGUCCUCAACGCAGAACUAUGCUGCCGCCAACAGUAGCAGUAAUGUUCCUUCUGCCUUUGAUGCAUUUUUAACCGCCUCGGUGUCUUCGAACGACAAUUUCACAGACUCUCGUGAUUAUCGAACAAGAACGGCCGAUGCCUACCUACAGAGUGGUCGGAUUAGUAGUACUUUUCCAUCUCGUGACUUUGCCCUCUUCACUAAUUUGGGAGGUUCCACCGGCUCGAUUCCUGUGAGUAUUAAUAGCAACAAUAACAAUCAAUCGUUCAUUGGAAAUCGAUUGAAUAUGCCUACCAAUAAGCCGGCGCCUACAUCAUUGCAGCACAGCUUUUUGCAACCAGCAUCGCAGCUUUCUAUGUUUUCAGAUCUGCUCAGCAAUACUGCUGCUGGGUCUUCUGGUAACUACGAUUUCCGUAGUGGUUUAUAUCAACGCGAUGGCGAAAUGCAUCAACCACCAGCCCCCAUUGGUUCUGAACGUCAGAGGCAACGUCAACAAUCUCAGCAGCCCCCGCCCAGCAACUUCCAACAGCAGCAAUCAAGCUUAUCAUCUGCUAUGAUGGAUUCUAUGCGUUCGAUCUUGACUGCCGGUGGUUAUGGCGGUCAACAGCAAGUUCCUGCUCCCCAGAGUGGUUCAAGCCUUAAUGCUGUGGGCUCCUCUUGGAGCUCUCAACCAAUGCAACCAAUACACCAUCAGGGCUCCUUCUGGACACAAAACUUAUGUAAGUUUUGCAUUUACUUAAACUCUUCUGGAUUCUAUUAG